GUUUCAUUUCUGAUUUUCGUUCAGUCUGAACUAGAGCAGCGUUCCUGUGCCGUCGCUCCUAAACUGUGAAGAAUCUGAUGUUCUGUAAAGAUCAUUGAAAGAUGGCGGAGAAGAGCUUAAGCAGCAUGGAGGUGUCUCCCCCAGAGGUCCGAGUGGGGGCCAACUUGCUCAGGGUGAAGAUGGUUCUUUUGGGGAGCUCUGGGGUGGGCAAGUCCAGUCUGGCCCUCCGUUUCAGCAAGGAUCAGUUCAAAGCCAGCAGUCCCACAGUUGGCUGUGCUUACCUGACUCAGGUGGUGUGCCUGAACAAUGCCAUGAUCCGCUUCGAGAUCUGGGACACGGCAGGCCAGGAGAAAUACCACAGCGUCACUCCACUGUACUACAGAGGGGCCCACGCUGCCCUGGUUGUAUAUGACAUCAGCAAAAGGGAGACCUUUGUGAGGGCUCAGCUUUGGCUGAAGGAGCUGGAGAAGCAAUACAUUCCAGGGGAGACUGUGGUUGGGCUUGUGGGGAACAAGGCAGACCUGUCUGAGGAUCGCCAGGUUUCAAUGCAGGACGGUCUCAGACUUGCAGAGAGCAAAGGUUUGGAGUUCAUGGAAACAUCUGCCAAAUCAGGAGAACAGGUCAGGGACCUGCUCAUGACCAUUGCCCACAGGGUGAAGCAGGGUACAAGGGAAGACAAGGGCCUGAUCGAAUGGCGUGAGACAGAAGGUGUGGGCGUGCACCCUGGCGAGGGGCCCCACCCACACAGUGCUUGCUGCCGAGUGGGGCCCUGACCCAUGGGGCUGAAGGAAAGGAAAAGAAGGCCGUGGAGGAAACAGACAUGUUUUGGCUGGCCAGUGAUGCAACGUGUUCAAGCAGAGGCUCUAAAGGCGGAUAGCUGAUGGACUAACACAGGCACUGCACUGCAUGUGUAUAUUCUUUUUAAUGCAAAGAAUAUGAUGGGUAUUUAACAAAGACAUGCAGGCUAUCCAAGGCUCAAUAGUGGCCUACCUGGGACUUGACCUCACAGUCUUGGUUUGUAGCAGCUUUUAAAAAACUGCUGGAAACCAAGAAGUAACUGUUAAGCCAAGGCUGAAUAGUUAGUGAGUUGUCCUGCCACUAGAGGGCAGCUAUAAUGCUGAUCUGCACUGUGAUGUUGCGCUGAUGGUCAUUCCCUGCAUUGAGCACAUAGGUUCUUGAAGACUGAUCUGUGUGUGCGUGUGUGUGUGUGGGAGAGAGAGCAGUUGGAUGUGUUUGAUGGCUAAAGAUUUUUCUAUAAUAGAAAAUAAUUAAUCAGCAUCACAGUGGAAGUUAUGGGAUAUUUUGCUUGCUUUGUGUCUUGGCAUUAUACAUAUGCUAGAAGCGUUUAAGCUUUCAUUUUUCACGCUAGAAACAUUUCAGAAAAGUGCUUUGGAUAUGGGUUGAACAUUUUGUUUAUGUAAUACAAAUACAAUUCAAACAAAAAUGUGCUGCUCAAGAUGUGUGAAUACCCCCCCCCCCCCUUAGAUAUUCAUCAGAGGAGACCUUGUGAACCAGCAAUCACUGAAGAUUAGGCUGCAGUUAUAGUACUGAUAGAUGUGACUCCCUGGGAGUGCUAGCCUGGUGCAUAUGUGUUCUGUCCAUCAGUACAUUACUCAAUGACAGAGAACAAAGGCAGCUCUCUGAUGGUUUGCUUGUUCACGGUGCAAAGAGAGGCUGUCAGCAUGAUAUUUUCACUCUGGGUUCUUUGACUCCUUCCUAACUGUUCCCAUCCAGCAGGAAUGACUCAUCUCCUGUCUCCAUUUUUUUUUUGUUGUUUUCUUGCAAUAUGAUCCUUUAAUAGAGAACACGUGCUCAUAUGAAGAUAUCCCCAUGCGUGUGACAGAGACUGUCUCUUAGCUGCAUCCAAGAGCUCCCAGAAAGGAAUGUGCCACUGGGGUGGGGUCCAGGGGGGCUUUUUUACCCACUCCACACAGCCAGUGAAAUUUUAACAGGCUCUGGGCACACUCAGACUCAGACUGUUUUUCCACUCCUUCUGUUCACUGAGAAUAAUUAUUUCCCUUGCAAUCAUGCCAAAGUGGUGGAUUGUUUUCUGAGAGAAAAAGUGUUUUUUUUCCCUCUUACCAUCUACUACACAAUUAAUGGGAAGUAUUUUAACACCCUCAAAAAGGAUGUUUUGCCAUCUGAUCAUCUUCCAGUUUAACUGGAAACCUAAGACCCUCUCUCCCCUGAUGUGUGAUGACCGCUCUGGCACAAGAUGGCUUCCAGGUGGGCGCUACAUGGGAAAUUAUAUCGUACAGCACUUUGAGGUUUUUGAAAGGGAGGGCGCUGUGUAAUUGCUAUUCUUUAUUAUAACAUAUGCAGUAGUAGCUGAUCUUACAGUAAACUAACUAAAGGGAUUUUAAAACAUGAGAGUAAAGCCCCCACGCAAAUAUUGAUGUUUGUUCAAUGUAAGGCUUUCAUGAAAAUUCAGAGCCUGUAUUCAGUUUUGCAAACCGCUUAAUUUAAAGGAUGGGUAUAUCUUUUAUUUGUUCUGUUUUAUCAGGAAAAUGCAUUGUAAUUUUGUCUAAGCCACUGGCUAAGCUUGUUCUGACCUUCUGAGAAAUCAGUUGAAGGGCAGGGAGGAGCCCACCAUCGAUGUUAAAUAAAUUUGGUUAUUCUACUUUCCUAGUGUUUUUGUUUAGAAGCUUCCAGCAAGGCUGCAGAGGGAGAGUUAAUCUGGUGCUGUGAAUACCCCUCUCCAUUUUAUUACCCCUCUCCCUUUUAUUGCUCUUGCCCCACCUAACACAUAAUUGUGCAUGUUUUUAAAAAAAUCUUUUGUUUAGAGUUACCAACCAAAAUUCUUACAAUCAAUUUAAGUACUUUCCAAGGAUUAAUUUUCAAAGUUGAACAUAUUAAUUUCUACUGUAGCUCCAACUUGAGCAUCCAUUGAAGGUCUAAUUGUAUAUAUCUGUGUACAAUAAAUUGUCUGUUUUUAAUUCUGUGUUGGUAGCAAUCUGCCCAGGGCAAAUACUCAAGAAUAAAAGACCAACACCAGCUGAAAUAGUAUCCCAUUCAUUGCUUGAAAUUAGGCACUAUGGGGUUGAAGACAUGGGGAAAAUUUGAACCUUGUCUGUUGAACCGUGUCUGUUAUAUCUGAAUUGACUUUGAUGUACUGUGAAUAAAAUGUGCAGAAUAUUACGCACGCUA